AUGCGCUCCCAUCAGGAAAUUCAGACUUCCUUAAACUAUUGGCCCGCCCAAGGCCCUGUGCAAAGGGAGCUGAUACUGGGCACGGUUGGUGCAUAUCGCCGACCCAUUGAUAGUCGACCCGUGUCGAUCCAGGAUGUGCGUGGCCAAGAGGGAAUGUUCGCCCUGGACAUCCAUGGUUUUCAGUUCAUCAAGCAUGUCAGCCAGCAUGUCGCGUCCUUUGAUGAAGCUUCCGUGAAGAAGCAUAUGUACCCCGAAGCAGAGACUAUUCUGAAGAACAUCACCGGUGCGACCCGUGCGCACGUGUUUUCGCACAUCGCUCGCACUGCUCCCUACGAAAAGGUAGAAGCAAUGGCUGACUCGGCCGACCCGGAUACGAAAGCGACAAGUGUGAUGGUACCCGCGCGGCAUGUCCAUGUGGAUCAGUCGGAGUCCGGGGCUUUCGAAGUCCUUAAGGACAAUGUGACGGCUCUCGAAGCAGAGCGGUUGUUGAAGACUCGAUGGGCCAUCGUCAAUAUAUGGCGCCCGCUGAAGGUGGUUCCCCGGGACCCGUUGGCUGUAUCGGAUGCCCGUUCCUUCCAUGAUGAGGAUCUCCUUGAAAUCUAUGGACGGGUUCCUGGCAAGCACGAAAAGAAAGACUAUGAUGCGGCGACAAAGGGCCGUGGUUUCGGUAUGCUCUAUGGCAAGUAUGCACCCGGCCAGAAAUGGUAUUACAUGUCGGAUAUGAAGCCUGAUGAAGUGCUCUUGAUCAAAUGUUACGAUUCGAGAAAGGAUGGCCAGACAGCUAGAAGAACACCUCAUACAGCCUUCGUGGACCCAAGAACACGGGAUGUGAAAGAAGCCCGCGAGAGCGUGGAAUUGAGAUGUCUAGUCUUCUUUGAAGACCAGCCGCUAGCCUGAUGGAAAAUGGCCUCCCGCGCUGUGGUGACGAAGAUCAAGUGGCUGAAGGAUGGCUGAUGGUACUUCAAUCACUUCCCAUUUGUGAGGUCGCAACUUAAUGGCACAGUGCCCUAUUUUUCCU